AUGCCCCCGCCCACGACCCGCCCCGCGCCGCUCGAGUUCGCCCUGCCGCCGUCGAAGCGUGCAAAGACCUUCCACCCCUACCUCCAGCACCCCCGCCGCAGCGCCGGCCGGCCAAUCGCCCUUUGCUGCCCCGCAGGCGUGCGCCCUUUGACCAGCCGGCUCCCAAACGGAGCCUGGGUCGGCGCAGGGUCCGAUCCCGAGACGCCCGUGUCCUGCCAAACGCGUCUGCUUGCGACCUCGCUCCCCGCGCAUCAUCGAUGUCGCCCGCAAGUCGCCCACAGCCCCUCCGCCGCGAUCGCCUUUGGCCUGCCUACCGCGCUCCCCGCCCACGCCGCCACUUGUGCCCAUGGCUAUAUACAUCCCGCCCUUGCCGCCCUUCCUCCCCCGACUGCACAUCCCUUCCUCCCCCCAUACCACCAAAUGGCCUUCCACUUCGGCCCGGACCCACUCCGCUCCGCCAUCCACACGCUCCCCGCUGACAUGGGUGGCGUUCCCGCCAAGCCCCCCUUCGACUCCGACUUUCCCGACUUUCUCUACGACUUUGAUAUCAAUGGUCAGCUGGAUCUCCCUCUUGCCCAAUCCUCUCUCACCGAUAGCUCGUGCGAUGCAGAUUUCACCUCGGACAUGAUGGCCUCCAGCGCCUUCUUCGAGGCCGAGGACCAGCUCGCCAGCUGGGACUUCACGUCUGGUCCCAUCUCCGCGAACCCCUCGUCGCCCAUCUCGCGCUCCGCGUCUCGUUCCAGCUGCGGAUCCGCCUCGUUCGACACGGACAGCUCGUCCCCCUACCCCGAAGACUAUCCCACGCCGUCAUCUGACAGCACGGUUACGACCCCCACGCCGAACGAACCCGUCGUCGGAUUGGCCUCCGCCCUCCACCCUGCGUCGUUCCGCCACGACUUCGCAUUCACUUUGGAGCCGAAGCCGAAAGACCACUUCACGCACGCGCUCUCUUACGUCCCAGGAUCCGCGCCGCUCUCUCCGAGUGGUUUCUCGUUCGACUUCGGUUCCUUCACUCAGCAGCUCUCGCCGCCACUCUACCCCUUCGCCGCCCCCGUUGCCCCCACCUUCGUCGACGCGCGUCGACACAGCGAGCCCGCGACGCUCGGCUCUGCCCAGCUCCCGUUCCUCGUGCCCGCGCACCAAGAGGUGCCGGCGCCAUCGCCAACCGCCGUCGCCGCCACGCGUCCGAUCGCAGAUCAACCCCGUCCCGUGUCGACGGCAGCCCGUUCCGCACUCGCACACGCAUCUGCACCUCAGCCCACAUCGUUCGCUCCCUCGGCGCUGACGCUGGUCCUGCCACCGCCGCCAUCGAUUGCGCCGCAUCAGACGCAAUUGCUGGAGAUCAAGAGCCCACGGCCCGUGCGGGGCUUCAAGCCGCCCAUCCUGCUCUCGGCGAUGCACUACGACCCCAAAGAUUUUGUGCGUCGGAGGUCGGAGCCGAUCCUGCCCCUGCGGGAGCUCGACGUCGUGAGUCAUCUCGCGCUGGACGCGGCGGCGGAGGAGGAGGAAGAGGAGGCGGAGACGAUGGAGGUCGAGGAGGAGCUCGCGUGCAAGGAGGAGGAGGUCGAAGAAGAGUUGCCGAUGUUCGUCGACAACAGCGACGCUGGCCUCGACUCGUGGAUGAGCCUCGAGCAGGACGGGUCGCUGUUCGACUCGAACUUCUCGUGGUACAAGUCUGAAGAGCUGCAGCUGCCGGCGCUGGCGCUCCCCUCAGAGCAGCACCCGUUCAACGACGUGCUGGAAUGGAACUACGGCGUCGCCGCCGCGGAGAUGUCGGCCGUGCCGCGUCUCGGCUGGGGCGCUUAG